CUGUUCUAUAUAAGUUUUCAGCUGUAAUUCAUUGUCUACCUACUUUCAUAUGGUUAUAGCGUCUCCCGAAGACUAGAAAGAGUUGUUGACCUGAGAAUAUAAAUCAAAUCCAGGUCCGUGGAACGAAUCUACCACGUACAAGACUAAGACGAAGGCAGCAAAGGGGCAACGGUGCUGCACAUGCUCGCAUUCUUUUUUCGGCGACCACACACUCUUUCUUCAUUCCGGUUAAAUUGCCACGGAGCAUUCCAAAGCGAAAUAUCUAAAUUAGUCGCCGCAUCUCACUUGAAAAGUUUGAAUCAUUUGAUCUUUACUGAAUCAGACCGACCACCUGCUUUACUUUUUACUUUUUAGUAUUUGUACCUAGAAGUACUUGCUAGUCAAGGCCUAGGUAUCUAGCCUAUUAAGCCAGUUGCGACUUUGUUAUCUUCCCGUCGCCUGCCAUGACGGACACAACACAGGGCUGGGCUCCAGACUCUUGGAGGUCAAAGCCCAUCAAACAAUGUCCUGAAUAUCCAGACCAAGAGGCCCUGAAAAAGGCGACGACGCAGCUCAAGCGGCUUCCGCCCAUUGUGCACCCGCGCGAGAUUGAGCGGCUCAAGGAGCUACUGUCAGAUGUCGCCCAUGGUAAGGCCUUUCUUCUGCAGGGCGGCGACUGCGCCGAGCUGUUUGACUAUUGCGAACAAAGCACCAUAGAGUCCAAGAUCAAGCUGCUCUUGCAGAUGAGUCUGGUCCUGAUUUGGGGCGGAAACAAGCGGGUUGUCCGCAUAGGCCGCAUGGCUGGGCAGUACGCCAAGCCUCGGUCCAGUCCGACUGAGAUUGUCGACGGCCGCGAGGUGCCCUCCUUCCGGGGAGAUAUUCUAAACGGCUUCCCACUUGACCAGCGAGAGCUUGACCCCGGUAGGAUGGUUCAAGCAUACCACCACUCGUCCGCUACGCUCAAUUACGUGAGGGCAUCAAUCUCUUCCGGGAUCGCAGACCUACACCGCCCGCUGGACUGGGGUCUCGGCCAUGUGCGCGACGCCACCCUCAAGGCAAAGUACGAACAAGCCGUUGACUUCUUGACAGAGUCGCUGCGGUUCAUGCAAACCAUUGGCGCCGACAAGAGCCCGAAUCUGGGCACGGUAGAGCUAUAUACCAGUCACGAAGGGCUACUCCUCGAGUAUGAGGAGCCCCUCACGCGCCUGCUCGAGAACCCCUCCACGGCAACCAAGGGCGACGAGGUGACAGCGGGCAAGAAGUACUACGACACUUCGGCUCAUUUCCUUUGGAUUGGAGACCGCACUCGUCAGAUUGACGGCGCCCACGUCGAGUUUUUCCGCGGCAUCGCGAAUCCCAUCGGCGUCAAGGUCGGGCCCAGCACGCCCGCCUCCGACUUGCUCUCUUUGCUACGGAAACUCAAUCCCGACCGCGAGGCGGGCAAGAUAACGCUCAUCACGAGGUACGGUGCCGAUCGCGUUGCCGAGCUGCUGCCCGCGCACAUCCGCGCCGUCGAGGACAGUGAGUACCGUGGGCUAGCUGUGUGGCAGUGCGACCCGAUGCACGGCAACACGCGGUCCGUGGGGAAUUUUAAGACCAGGGAGUUCAAAGACAUUUUCGAGGAAUUGUCUCAGACCCUCAGGAUCCACAGAGAGGAGGGCUCCUACCUUGGAGGCGUUCAUCUCGAGCUCACGGGCGAUGCCGUCACAGAGUGCCUGGGUGGUGCGGCAGAACUAGAGGCCUCAGAUCUACCGACAAACUACACAACUUUCUGCGACCCUAGACUCAACGAGAAACAGGCCUUGGAGCUGGCAUUCUUGGUUGCCGAUCACUAUCGUAAGGGGAGGACACCACCAACUUGUUGAGCUUUCCAUGACCAGGCACGCUCAACAGGUACUCGUUUGUUGCUUGAGAGGAUAUGUUGCAAAGCUCGGGUGUGUUUUAUGGCCGUGACAAAAGUAUUUUGGGGGGGGGG